GUAAAUCAUCAAUUGGACGUUGUUAUGAUAACCGUUUGUUGACACAAUCAUACCUCGAGAAAAUAUUAUUAAGAUGUGGUAAUUAUUUAAAAGAAUUGUCUCUCUCAGAUGUUUGUGAUUCAAGUAUUAUGCCAUUUAUUGGUGAUCACUGUAAAAAUUUAACAAGUCUUGAAUGUAAAUUUAACGUUGAUUCGUUAAAAUAUGAUGCUGGUCACUUUGUUCAAGCAUUUACACAGUUGAAUAAAUUAAAAUGCAUCAAAAUGACGAUGGAUCACAACGGCUCGGAUGAGACAAUCAAUCUUUCUGCACUAAUUAAUAGUCUUCCAGAAGAAAUUAAUGAAAUUCAUUUAUUUAAUAAACAUCUUAACUAUUUAAAUAAAUAUAUUUCCAUGUCUGUUCGAAGAUUUAGAAAUCUUCAAAAAUUAACAUCAGUUGGCUUCUGUCUAGACAACAUAAUUCUUGAAGAAAUAGCAGACAUAACAACACUUGUUCAUCUUACCAUUGAACUGUAUGAUAUAAACAAAAAACUUUCUCUAUUUGAUAAACUCGUUAAUUUGGAGUAUAUUGACUUAAUAAUCAUGGGCAGGGUCGAUUGUGUAUUUGGACUUACGGAUGAGGUACUCAAUACUAUUUUUUGUACAUGCAAAAAACUAAAACAUCUUGAUAUUCCAUCUGGUCUUUAUGAUGUAGCUAAAAUCCCUCUUGAAAAAUGGAUAAACUUCCAAAAUUUACAAUAUCUUGGUAUUUGUUGUGACAUAAUGCCUGACUUAGCAAACACAGUUGUUGAAUAUUGCAAGAAUUUGAAACACUUGAGAAUUACAGAUUAUCGUGAUGACUUAAUGAAUGAAACUGCUCUAAAGAAACUAACAGAGCUAAAAAAUCUUGAAUGUUUAAUAUUGGAAGAAAACAUUUCGCUCAGUGAGGAAUCAAUAAUUGCAAUUUCGAACAACUGUAAAAAACUAAAACGUUUAGAAAUUUCUGAAUGUAUUAUAGUACCAUCUAUUCCGGGUGUUCGACUGUCUUCUUCAACUGUUCUUGAUGAAUUAUCAAAAUUGCAAUGUCUUGAACAUCUAAACUUGGGUUUCGCAGAAAAUCUUAAAGAUAGCACAAUUAUUUCUAUUGCUAAUAAUUGUAAGAAAUUAAAAAUUUUAGAUAUCCAAGGAUGCUGUGCAAUUACUGAAACAUCUCUCGUUAAUUUAACAAACUUGGAAAAUUUAGUAAAACUAGAUGUAAGUUGUCUUGAUAUAAUUACAGACAGCUUCCUUAUCAAAUUAAAAGGAUUAAAGGAAUUGAAUUGUUAUUAUUGCCAGAAACUUACUAAUGCUGGUAUUAUACAAUUUAUAAAUAAUAAUCCAGAUCUUGAACUUCUUGAUGUCCGCUAUAUUAAAAAUUUGACAAGUGACUUGGCUAUUGCUGCUGAUCAGGCAACUCAAAAUCGUACAAAUGGUAUCAUUUUAGACAUAAUAAUGGAUAAUUGGUCAAUAAUCAAAGCUUCUAAGUCAAUAAUUAAAUCUCAAUGGUUGGUCAUUCAAUAG